AUGGCCAGCACUCUCCCUCAAUUCCACUUUCUUCCCUCCAACAUCCGCCCCUUCCGCUCCUCCCCCCUGCCCCCUCCACCUCAAACUGGUCCUUUCCCCAGGCCUGGAGUCUGGACCAACCAGUUUGGGGUGCUGCACGACGGCAAGAAGGCCUAUCCCCAGGCUAUCGAAGCAUUGCGCCAGCUGGCAGCGUCUGGUGCCAAGGUGGUGCUUCUCAGCAACUCGUCGCGCAGGGUGGAGGUGGCUUCCAAGAGGCUUCCAUCUCUGGGCUUUGACCCGUCGCUCUUCUGUGGAAUCGAGACGAGUGGGGAGAUCACACACCGGCAUCUGAUUGAUCGCUCCCUUGACACCUUUUUCCAGACUCUUGGAUCAAAGUGCUUGCACUUCACCUGGGCUGCCAGGGGUGCUGUCUCUUUGGAGGGGUUGGGACUGCAAGUGGUGGAAACACCAGAAGAAGCAGAUUUUAUCCUCGCGCACGGCACAGAGGCAGUGGGGGUCGCAGAAGCAGACAAACCCGCCCGCCCGGCCUCACUGGAUGAGCUGGCAGGGCUGAUGAGCCGGGCGGCGGAGGAGGGGCGGCGGAGAGGCAGGAUGAUUCCGAUGGUCGUGGCUAACCCCGAUAUAGUCACGGUGGAGGCUCGGGCUUUAAGGGUCAUGCCUGGGACUCUGGCUCGGGAGUACGAGGCAAUGGGGGGUGUGGUCAAGUGCAUGGGGAAACCAGAUUCUAUUUCUUUUCGGGCAGCCCAGCAGCUGACCGGGAUCUCUCUCGACCGCACAGUCAUGGUCGGCGACUCGCUGCACCACGACAUUCUAGGGGCGGCAUCUUUCGGCAUUGACAGCGUGUUUGUGGCCGGGGGGAUACACGCUGAUCAACUAGGGGUACCACCACCACCAGCAACAGCAGCAGUAGGGAAUGGGGAAGAGGAGGGGAGAAGAGUGAGGAAGAGCGAGAAUGGGGGAAAGGGAAGAGGGAAGGUGGAGGGGGAGGCAAAGGGGGGAGUGGAUGUGGGGAAGUUGAGGGUGCUGGUUGAAGAAACGGGUGCGGAGCCUUCAUAUGUGCUGCCGUAUUUCCAGUGGUAA